AUGUAAAAGUCUUUUUUUAGUCCAAGAAGUUUAAAAAAAAAAUCUGUUGGGUAAGUCGUGCGGAUGCAUUAAUUUGUCUGCUUCACUAUCUCAGGUUCAUGUCGUUUGAGUAAAGUUAUGCCAGCAAAAGAUCUUGGGUGAACGUUGAGGAGUAAAUAACACGCCGAACUGCUUUCAAGCUGCAGCUGGCUACACUUUUUGAUCCCGGCUUCUUCUUCUGUCACAGAUUCUCCUGCCUGCAUCAACCACACUGCUGCCUGUAAGCUUCACUCGUUCUUCCUGCACAGCUGCUCACACGCUUCAGCCUAAAAGAUGUAAAAUAAGUCUGUGUUGAAGAAUUUUAUAAGGAAAAUAAUCCCUCCCUAUUAGAAUUUAUUUAAUAUUGGAUUAAAACUGAAUCCAGGAAAUUAAAGUGAAGCAGCAGAGAGAUGUGAUGAAGCACAGCUGCUGUGGGUGGGGGAGGCGAGCGGUGGAGUCAGUGAGUCACACCUCCACACUCCUUCAAGCGGAUGUGCUGCACUUGACUUUCUCGUGUUUUCUGACUUCCAUCCCUCUGACUUCACAGCUACACCUUUAUGAAGAGGCCACCGUUUCUCUUUUUUUUAUUUUUAGGUUGUUUCGGCCUAAAUAACUGAAACUGUGCCACUCAACGUUAACCAAAUGUAAUCUUCAUUGUGCAUAAAUGAGGAGAGUUUUUUUUCUACACAGUGAAGUUUUGAAGGCGGCAGCCAACAUCCGUUUGAUGAGGAUUGAGACGCCCUUCUCUAAACUACAAAUAUAAGACCUGAAUGGACAGAACGACGAUGUACAAAGCGGCCGCAGAAGAGUGUCUGCGCAGACCGGAAGGGCGGACAGCCAAGAUGGCCUAAAGAGUUCAAGAUCCUCACAGUCUGGCCGUUGGAGAUGUGCUGACUCUACCAGCUUGAGAAGUUUUUGAGAAAAGACUGACCAGUUCAGCUCUGCGUCAUUAGUGUUUCCAGAUAACUGAUUUUAGGACUUCCUGCUGAAAAGAAGCAUCUGUUGCUUACACUUUUCCUUCAAGAACCAGAGAAAUCCAACAGCCGCCACCAUGAACGGCUACGGGGCGGAAAUGUCCGUGAAGUGUGUCCUGGUCGGGGACAGUGCAGUUGGAAAGACGGCCUUGCUGGUCCGCUUCACCUCAGAGACCUUCCCCGACUCGUACAUGCCCACAGUGUUCGAUAACACCGGCGUGGAGGUGUACAUGGACGGCGUCCAGAUAAGCCUGGGCCUGUGGGACACGGCGGGCAGCGACAACCUCAGACAGAUCCGACCGAGGUCGUACCAGCAGGCUGACGUCGUCCUCAUUUGCUUCUCUGUGGCAAACCAUAACUCUCUGGCCAACAUUCAGCGCAAAUGGAUCGCGGAGGUCCGAGAGAACCUGCCCAAAGUCCCGGUGCUGAUUGUGGCGACCCAGACGGACUUAAGGGAGAUUGGCGUGCAUCGGGGCAGCUGCAUCUCGCCAGCUGCGGGGAAGCAGGUCGCUCGCGACGUCCACGCUAAGGGCUACCUGGAGUGCUCUUCCCUGAACAACCGCGGGGUGCAGCAGGUGUUCGAGUACGCCGUGCGGACAGUCUUCAACCAGGCCAGGAAACAAGCCAGAAGACGCAUGUUUAGCCUAAACCAGUGCAAGAUCUUUUGAUCUUUGACCUCGAAUGGGUCAAGACGUCAUGAUUUUGUUGUUUAAAUUUAUGUCUGUGAAGAUUCUCAGUCAUCCAGGUCAUAUUUUUACAGGAUUCUGAGCAAAUGAAGCUCAAAUCAACAAACUUUACAACUCCAGAGGACGCGUAGAUGUGCUAUUUGGGAUUUUAUUGAUGUUUUUAGAAACAUUUGUCAACACUCAGAAGUCUCACAAACUCACAAUAGACUUUAAAAAAAGGGAUCAUAUGCAUCUCCUACUGCUGCAAAAAUCUGUAAAAAUGAUUUAUAUUUAAGUUGUUUAGGAGAGCAUUUAUGUUGUAAUUUGCACAUUUGUCUGCAUCAAAUAGUUAUUUCUUUAUUAAUGAGACAAAGUGUGAUUUUUCAUGAGUUAUUGUGAUUUCAACAGAGGGAAAUGAUGCUCAGACGUGGCAGAUCAACAUGAAAUCUGUUUUCUUGUUUUUUAUUAUUAUUAUUAUUAUUAGACUUGUUUAAAUAGAAGGAAUUUUAUGAAAAUGGUUUUAAUUCACAAUAAAAAUGAAACAUGUUUUCUUUG